ACAUCCACCGCUGAGUAGUCGGUAUCGUUCAGUCCGUGCGGCUCUUUGAAGCGGCUAAUGAUGUAACUAAGUAUUUUCCAUUCCAGCUUGAAAGCCAGAAACCUUGUUAAGUUCUUAUUAUCUGUCUGUAGGCUGUUCUCAGUGUGUUGUCGCCUCUGCGAGCUGUCCGGUGGCUCUCCAAACCAGCUGGACAGAGAUGAGUAGUCCCGAUGCGGGUUACGCCAGCGACGAUCAGACCCAGGCAAGGUGUACGAUGUCAGUCAUGAUGCCUGGAAUGGGACACUGCCAGUGGGCCGACCCUCUCAGCCCUCUUGGGGACACCAAAGUGAAAAACGAGCCGUGCGCCUCCAGCUCCGGCAGCCAGAAUCGCGGGAAGAACGAGCCGCGGAUCCGACGGCCCAUGAACGCGUUUAUGGUCUGGGCGAAGGAUGAGCGCAAGAGACUGGCGCAGCAAAACCCGGACCUGCACAACGCAGAGCUGAGCAAAAUGUUGGGGAAAUCAUGGAAAGCCCUUCCUGUCACAGAAAAGCAGCCCUUUGUGGAGGAGGCCGAGCGGCUGCGGGUUCAGCACAUGCAGGAUCACCCCAACUACAAGUACCGGCCCCGGCGGCGGAAGCAGGUGAAGAGGAUUAAGAGGCUGGACUCUGGCUUUCUAGUCCACGGCGUAUCUGAUCACCAGGCCUCAUCGAUGUCUGCGGACGGCAGAGUGUGUGUGGAGAGUCUGGGCCUGGGCUACCACGAGCAUGGCUUCCAGCUUGCUUCACAGCCACUCAGCCACUACCGAGAUGCUCAGGCUCUUGGGGGCCCCUCUUAUGAAACCUACAGCCUCCCUACGCCUGACACCUCUCCUCUGGACGCUGUAGAGUCAGACUCCAUGUUCUUCCCUCCUCAUUCACAAGAGGACUGCCACAUGAUGCCUGCAUACGCUUACCACUCCCAGGCGGCAGAGUACCAGCCCCAGGACCCCCUCACCAACCACCACAGCAACCCCAUCCUGCACCGACACCCUGCCUCAGCUCAAGAGCAGCCCCCUCAGCCUGCCACCCUUCCCCCUUCCUACAUGGGAUGCCCCAACCCUUUGGCCAUGUAUUACACCCAGCACUGCAGUCCCAGCCACCCUAAGCGGCAUCCUGGUGGGGCAGGACAGCUCUCCCCCCCUCCUGACUCCCACUCUCACUCAGCAGACAGCGUGGAGCAGAUGCACCACUCUGAGCUGCUGGCCGAGGUGGACCGCAGCGAGUUCGAGCAGUAUUUGAGUUCCUCUUCAGCGCGUGCAGACAUGACAGGCUUGGCGUACGGGCCACACGAGGCCGGCAUGCAAGGACCUGAAAGCCUCAUAUCAUCGGUGCUGUCAGACGCCAGCACAGCUGUGUAUUACUGUAGCUACAACAACUCCUAACCUCCUGUCUGGCCUGUUACCCUGCUGCAAGGACACAUGAUCUGACCUCAAAUCUCUGUAGCUAAAUUUGAACAAAAAUGUUUUUAUUUAAAAAAAAAAUGUCUGUCACUACUAGCACAGAAGGCCCAUGAGAUUUUAUAAUUAAGCUUUGGAGAAGACUGUUGUACUGUAUCUGUCUGAGAAAAGAAUAUUUUAACAUGAACACUGGUUUUAACUUUUUUCUUCCUCCCUUUCUGGGAUAUGAAUUCAUUUUGUGAUAAUAAAUAUUGUACAGUCACUAUUUUAAAGUUUAUGUAUAUACCGAAGGUGUUUUUUUUAUACUUUUUGCACUUUUGAGAAAUAAAUUUUUGCAAAUAGA